AUGCAUCUUAUAAAAGAUAAUUCAAUUGUUGUCACAAAAACUCAGUUUACAGCUGAAGAAUUUAUUCAAAAAAAAAUCGAACUACUCAAAGAUGAGGUCGAACCUUUCUUUGCUGUUGAUCUUGAAGACGUAUGCAACAAACAUAUUCGUUGGCUUACUUCAAUGCCUCGUGUAACACCACAUUAUGCUGUUAAAUGUAACGAUGAUACAAAUAUUAUUAAAUUACUUGCUUAUCUUGGCGCUGGCUUUGAUUGUGCAAGCAAAGGAGAAAUGAAAAAGGUCAUGGAUUUAGGUGUAUCAGCUGAUCGAAUAAUUUAUGCUAAUCCAUGCAAACAAUCAUCCUAUAUACGUUAUGCACAAGAAGUUGGCGUUGAAGUUAUGACAUUUGAUAAUGAACAAGAAUUAAUGAAAAUUAAACAAGUAUAUCCAAAUGCAAAACUUGUAUUACGUAUUGUAACUGAUGAUUCUAAUGCUGUUUGCCGUUUUUCAAUGAAAUUUGGUGCUGAUUUAAAAACAGCAUUUAAAUUAGUUGAAAAAGCUCAAGAAAUCAACAUGGAAGUCAUUGGUGUUAGUUUCCAUUGUGGUAGUGGACAAAUGACAAGCAAAGCAUUUGUUGAUGCAAUUCAAAAUGCACGAACAUUGAUGAGCUAUGGAAUUAAAUUAGGUUUUGAUAUGAAUCUUCUUGAUAUUGGUGGUGGUUAUCCAGGAAAUCUUGGAACUGAAGAUUAUUUUGCUGAAAUUGCCGCUGCUGUUAAUAAAGCACUUGAUGAACAUUUUCCAGAUGAUGGAAAUAUUAGAAUUAUUGCCGAACCUGGUCGAUAUUAUGUUGCUUCAUCAUAUACAUUAGCAACUAAUGUUAUUGCUUCACGUGAAAUGGUCGAUGCAGAAACGGGUAAUUCAAAAUAUAUGUAUUACAUCAACGAUGGUGUUUAUGGUUCAUUCAAUUGUGUUCUCUACGAUCACUAUGUACCUACACCAAGCCUCUUUGCUAAGAAUGAUUCAAACGAAAAACAUACAACAUCAAUCUGGGGACCAACAUGUGAUGGUCUUGAUUGUAUCAAUCAAUCGAUUGAAUUACCAAAAUUAGCUAUUGGUGAUUGGAUAUAUUGGAAAAAUAUGGGUGCAUAUACAAUAUCAGCAGCUGUUCAAUUUAAUGGACUUCCAUAUGGCAAACCAAUUUACUUUAUGUCCAAACAAUUCUGGGAUACAGUCAAAGCUGCAUUUCAAACUGUUCCACGAAAAUAUCAAGUUGAAACAUCAGCUACUCGUGUGAAUUCAUCGGAUUGUUCGUAUGAAAUUGAAGAUGAUAUGUUACCUUGGAUACCUGAAGAUUUUGCUGAAGAUACAACAGUUGUUACUAUUCAAUGA